AUGAGUCAGAACCCCGAAGGUUCCACUUCCGGCGACGAACACGACGCGCCGAACCCAACCCCUGUCACGGCUAUCCCGAUAGCCCCUGCUUUUGUCGAUACCAUCAUGGAGCGUUUCGCCCGACAAGACGCCGCUCAAAAGGCAGCUACCGAGCAAAUCGCCGCAAUCGCCGCGCUGCUCGCUCCUCUCGCCGGCGCUCCAGACGCAGCCACUGAUACCAUUCGCAGACAACUGUUUGCCAGCGACAUAGCUGCUAACCCGACGAACCAAGGCGCUCCUCCCAGCACUCUCAACCCAGACGCCGCGCCUUUCACCCCUACGAACCCAGAUCUACAGAUGGUUCGCGAAGUUGCAGCGCUCAAACAGUCGCUCCUGGACAUCAACUCCAAGAUACACUGCGUCACCACCUCUGCCCCGCAGAUAGAGCGCGUUCUGGCGAACACCCUCCGAACACCGUUCUCACCCGCGAUAACCGGCGUCAGACUACGACACAUCGAGAAGCUCCGAUUGCCGACGUACGAAGGCUUGACUGACCCAACGACUCACAUCACGUCUUUCAACAUCGCCGUACGCCGCGCGAAUUUCUCCGACGAAGAACGUGAUGCCGGCUACUGUCAACUUUUCGUUGAAAGCUUGAAAGGGCCAGCUCUUACUUGGUUCACCGGCCUCGCCGAGAACUCUAUCAAAGACUUUCACGACCUGUCGUCCGCCUUCCUCAAGAACUACAUCAUGUUCACUCAGGAAGACGCGACAGUAUCCGAUCUAUUCAACCUUACCCAAGGAAAAGACCAAAGCUUGCGCAGCUUCAUGGAAAAGUUCAAGGCCAUAGUUUCGAAGGUCGUCUUGCCGGACAGCGUCGCGGUCGCUGCGCUUAAGAACACGUUGUAUGUCCACUCCGUUUUCCGUGAUGACCUCUACAGGAACCCUACAACGUCUCUUUCCGACGCCAUAGCCCGUUCUCACAACUUUAUCCGCAUGGAAGAGGAUACGAAAGCCCUUAUUGGCAAGCUGAACGCAUCUAAAGCCGCGGCGUCCGACAAAGCCGUCGUAAAAAACGCGGAUAGUCGACAUGAACCGCGACAGCACUCGUCAGGCGAUAAAGCAACUCAAAAGAGGAAUUUCGUCUAUGCUGUCGACGAAGAGGGCUCCCCAGCGUCAACAACUGUCGUGCGAGAGAAAGGCUGGAACGUCUACAACCGCGAAACCGACGGAAAACCGCCGGAUUCCUCCGCAGCAGUUAGUUCUCGGCCUCCGGGAGCCGAGAAAUGGUGCGACUACCACAACGCUAAGUCGCAUGACACCAGAGAAUGUAAAACGCUCUUCGAACAAUUUCUCACUUCUGUCGCGAACGGGAAACUCGAAAUCGAACCUCCGAAACCUAGGGCCCGGGGACCUACGAGCUGGAGCAAGAACAAGGAUAGAAAAACUAGCAAGUCGCAAGGUAAAGCUCCUCAGCAAGAGAGGCGAGCAACACCUGAAGAAGCAACUCCAGCAUCACCGGAAAAGGGGAACUCGUCCAGCGACGAGGAAUCACCAAGAAACCGGCGCCGCGUCGAGACUGUUUUCAGAAGGUCCCCCAAGCACACUGGCGAUCACGAACCCUCAAGAGCGAGAAGACGUAUCAACGUCGUCUUAACGCAACUGGGAUCUUCGGUCGACGAGCCUGAACAAGUUUCUCCUCAAGACCUGCGCACUCAGCUAAGCCGCCCAUCAUCGAGCGACUUACGGAACGUCCUCAAGCGAAAGGAGAAAGCAGCAGCAGUCACGGUCGAUCACACCCCUGAUCUGCGCGAGAGGAUCAACUCCUCCAAGACUCGCCGGUUGAACAACCCAAGUCCCAUGAAGCCCCGCCCUGUAGACUUGCGAGAAAAGCUCAAUUCUAGGAAACCAGAUUUGCGAAGUCAGCUCGAUCGUCCUCUGUACUCCGAUCUCCGACAAAAGCUCGAAGCUUCGAGAACUCCGAACUCCAACCAAGACAAAGACAACGUCAUCAACGUCAUCAUGGGUGGAUCCCCGCCCUGCGGUGACUCCGUCAGGUCCAUCAAAGACUACCGUCGUCAGGCAACAUCCUCGCGUAAAUGGCCGACAAAACCCGAGAACGAUCAUCAAAUCACCUUCUCGCCCGACGACGCCCUCGGCAUCCACAUGCCGCAUAACGACCCUCUCCUCGUCGAACUCGGAAUCGGUGAUUGCCAAGUCACCAAAAUUCUCGUCGACACCGGCAGCUCGGUCGAUUUGAUCUUCCGAGCCACACUCGACAAGAUGGGCGUCGACACUGGAAGUAUGAAGCCAUCGUCCCGCUCCCUCACAGGUUUCAACGGCUCAUCCGAAGCCCUGAUCGGCACCAUUCGCCUUCCAGUCCCCUACAACGCGAUCCUCGGCACCCCUUGGCUGCAUUCAAUGCGAGCAAUCCCAUCAACUUACCACCAAUGCGUGAAGUUUCCGGGAGAAGACGGAAAGAUCCGAACACUACGAGGCGAUCAGCAGGCUGCUAGAGAUCUAUUAAUCGCGACUAUAAAGUUACAGCGACAGACGUCGCAUGUCAACACCGUUGCACACCCUCUGCAGAAGGUGUUUCCCCAGCAAGAAGAGGUGCUAGAGAUACCGAUCGAUGAUACCGAUCCUAGCAAGGUGAUCCGCAUCGGCGCAUCCCUACCGGACGAUAUGCAGCAGCAACUCGCCGAGUUUCUCCGCCAGAACGUCUCUACCUUCGCCUGGACUACUUCCGAUAUGAAAGGGAUCGACCCAGCAAUCACCUCCCAUGAGCUCAACGUUGAUCCGACCUUUAAGCCUAUCCGCCAGAAGCGCCGAAAGCUAGGACCUGAACGAUCAAAGGCAGUUAACGACGAGGUGGACCGCUUACUCGCCGCCGACUCCAUCAUGGAAGUCAAAUACCCCGACUGGCUUGCUAAUCCCGUCGUCGUCAAAAAGAAGAACGGAAAGUGGCGAGUCUGCGUCGAUUUUACUGAUCUGAACAAGGCUUGUCCAAAAGACAGUUUUCCUCUCCCACACAUCGACCGUUUGGUCGAGUCGACUGCUGGUAACGCCCUAUUGACGUUCAUGGACGCAUUUUCCGGGUACAACCAGAUAAUGAUGCAUCCUGAUGACCGCGAGAAGACGGCGUUCAUAACAGACAGAGGUACAUACUGCUACAAGGUAAUGCCCUUCGGGCUUAAAAACGCGGGAGCCACCUACCAACGCCUUGUCAACCGCAUGUUCGCCGACAAACUGGGCUCCACUAUGGAAGUCUACAUCGACGACAUGCUAGUCAAGUCGCUCCGAGCCGAGGAUCAUCUCUCGCACCUCAAAGACUGCUUCACAACGCUCAACGAGUACGGUAUGAAACUGAACCCGGCUAAAUGCACGUUCGGCGUUAUGUCCGGCGAGUUUCUCGGAUACAUCGUCACCCAGAGAGGAAUUGAGGCUAAUCCUAAACAGAUAUCGGCGAUCCUCGAUCUCCCAAGCCCCAAGAACAGCCGAGAAGUGCAACGUCUCACCGGCCGCAUAGCAGCGCUCAACAGGUUCAUCUCGCGAUCUACCGACAAGUGCCUUCCUUUCUUCGAACUGUUGCGGGGAAACAAACGAUUCAUUUGGGACGACAAGUGUGAGGAAGCCUUUGGCCAGCUGAAGCAAUAUUUGACUACCCCUCCUGUCCUCUCGAAACCGGAAGCGGGUGACAUUCUCACCCUCUAUAUCGCCGUCACGCCUAUCGCCGUCAGCAGCGUCCUCAUACGCGAAGAUCGGGGGGAACAGAAACCGAUCUUCUACACGAGCAAGCGCAUGACAGAAGCCGAAACCCGCUAUCCCACACUCGAGAAAAUGGCGCUUGCGGUGGUACAUUCAGCGAGAAAACUCCGCCCGUAUUUUCAGUCUCACACGGUUGAAGUUCUCUCCAAUCAACCCCUCCGAACAGUCAUGCAGAACGCCAACCACUCUCGGCGACUAACAAAGUGGGCAAUGGAGCUCAGCGAGCACGACAUCAUAUACAAGAACCGGACAGCAGCCAAGUCCCAGGUCCUCGCUGACUUCCUGAUCGAACUCACACCCGAACUCGAGCAGGAUCUUGCCGUGUCGUCUCGCAAUUGGAUCCUGCAUGUCGACGGCUCCUCGACCAAUAAAGGGUCUGGCGCCGGCGUUCAGCUCCAAUCCCCAACCGGCGAACUGAUAAGACAGUCUUUUAGCUUCGGCUUUCCCGCUUCCAACAACGAGGCUGAGUACGAGUCCCUACUUGCAGGGUUACGCCUCGCCAAAGCCGUCAGAGCCAAACGCCUCAGUGCUUACUGCGACUCCCAGCUCGUCGCCAGUCAGUACAACGGCGAGUACGAUGCUCAUAAUGCAAGAAUGGACGCCUACCUCAAGCUUGUUCAGGACCUCACGAAAGACUUCGAAUUUUUCGAACUCACCAAAGUCCCCAGAGGAGAGAACGUCUGCGCUGAUGCUCUGGCAGCCCUUGGGAGCAAGCUCCACGAUCAGAUCAAGCGGACAAUUCCCAUUCAUCGGAUCGAAAACCCCAGCAUCACGGCACAAGGUGCGAGUACCUCCUCUGUCUCUGCAGUAGCUGUUGCGGCCGAAAUGGACAUCGAUUCCUCAUCAGACGAAAUCCCCGACUGGCGUACCGAUCUGAUCAACUAUUUAGCACACGGCACCCUCCCAGAUGAUAAGUGGCUAGCGCGAAGACUGAAAGCACGCAGUGCCCAUUACGUCGUCAUCGACGGCGAACUACACCGUUGGAACGCCAACAAGGUCCUCCUGAAAUGCAUAUCAGGCGAUGAAACGCGGCUAGUCAUGGCUGAAAAUCACGAAGGCGCGGCAGGCAAUCACUCUGGAGGACGAGCCCUAGCACUUAAAGUCCGAAGUCAAGGCUUCUACUGGCCUACUCUAAACACAGACUGCGAAUCCUACGCCAAACGCUGUGAUAAAUGCCAAAGACACGCACCCACGAUCCACUGCCCCACCGAGCAAUUGCGCACUCUUACGGCACCAUAUCCGUUUAUGCGUUGGGCAAUGGACAUCAUCGGACCCAUGCCGAAUUCACGAGGAAAGCGUUUCGUCCUUGUCCUGACUGAUUACUUCACCAAAUGGAUCGAAGCGGAAGCCUUCGCUAACAUCACCGACAAGGAAGUUCAGAAGUUUGUCUGGCGCAAUAUCCUUUGUCGUCACGGUCUUCCUUACGAGAUUGUGACAGACAACGGGUCACAGUUCAUCUCGCAUCAGUUUCGUGAUUUCUGCGACAAAUGGAGAAUCCGUUUGAACACCGCAACGCCGCGGUACCCGCAGAGUAACGGCCAGGCAGAGUCGUCCAACCGUACGAUCAUCGACGGCUUAAAAAAACGUCUAGACUUGAAAAAAGGCUGCUGGGCCGACGAGCUAGACGGUGUCCUUUGGUCUCACCGCACCACGCCUCGUUCCGCGACUAAGUGCACCCCAUUCUCCAUGGCCUACGGCGUUGAAGCGAUGGCUCCCGCCGAAGUUAAUGUAACCAGCCUCCGAAGAUCACGAAUGCCUCAGCACGCUGAGCUCAAUCAAAGUAUGCUCCUCGACGCACUUGACGCGAUCGAAGAACACCGCGAUCAAGCCCUACUCCGAAUCCAGAAUUACCAACAUCAGAUUGAGCGCUACUAUAACAAAAAGGUCAAGUCGCGCCCUCUUGAACAAGGUGAUCUCGUCCUUCGAAAAGUCUUUGAGAAUACUAAGGAGUGGAAGGCCGGCAAGCUUGGAACUAAUUGGGAGGGGCCAUACAGAAUCACACAAGUAAUCAAACCUGGGGUUUACCGUCUCGAGACAUCAACCGGUGAAGCUGUCCCUCGCGCAUGGAAUUCCAUGCAUCUUAAGCGUUAUUCCGCCUAG